AUGCUCUCCACCUUCUACUCGUGGUCAAUUGAGCACAUCAAGAGGGUGUUCGAGGCCAAGUCCGAGCGUGACUGCCUCCAAGCGCUGGACGAGACCUUCUCCCAGCGACUGGAGUUCACGUUCAACGGCUCCCCGCUCCCUCGCGUCGGGCUCCAGAAGAUUGUGCUCGCGAUGCUCCAGUCCUCUGGGUUCUGCCUGAACGUAGACUGGCUGAACGCAGUCGAGGUCCCACGGGACGGCUCCAACCGAAACGGGAUGCUGGGAGGAUACUACGUGAUCAGGAACGUCAGGAAGCCCCUUCCUGGGUCGUCCACGCUCGCACUAUUCGAGCGCCAUAAGUCUGUGAACGUCGAGAUCGAAUCCGAGUCGUCCGACCCGUCCUUCGACAGCCGACGCAUCGUAAAAUUGGCCAUCGUUGCCACGGACGUACCUGUGCCGUCCAGCCACUAUCCCUAG